AUAUGAUGAGGUGGCCGCCAUAUUGGUCAGGGACGGGCUGCAGGAUUUACUACCUCUGUGUAUCUAACAUGUAAGACAUGUAUUCUAGGACGCAGUUAUAACCAAAACAAUUUAAUGUUACACAACCCCGAAAAAACACUCUAGAUAUUUAACUUGUUGGUGUACACUGGCACCGGAAUGCAGACAGGCAGGUCAGUUAAGGACACGCAACUCUAUACCGUUGCGCCAAAACUCCAGAGCAUUCUUAUUGGAAUCAUAUGUAGCCUACAAUUCAAACCGCAUUAAACCUACUGUACGUAACAAAAUAUAAAAAAGAUAUAAUAUGUACAAUUGUCUGGGUUUUUAAAACAAUUAUUCAUAGAGUUUUAACAGUUACGUGGAAGUGACGACAUGCAAGGUUAUGUCGUGACGUCUGUGGUGACGUCUUAAAACGUUUUGGCAGUCCUUUAUUUGAUCUUCCUCGAAGCGAUAAGGACACUGUCUGUAUUGAGUGGCUUUAUCACUAGUCGUUAUUCAAGAGGUGGAGAAAACGUGAGCUGUCACUGGUGAAGAGAUUAUCAUAUUUACCAUCUCUGCUGAAAAUGGGUGACGUUGCCAAGGGAAAGAAGGUUUUUGUCCAGAAGUGUGCGCAGUGUCACACUGUAGAAAAGGACGGCAAGCACAAGGUGGGGCCCAACCUCUGGGGUCUGUUUGGUCGCAAGACUGGUCAGGCGGCGGGCUAUUCCUACACUGAUGCUAACAAGAGCAAAGGUAUCGUGUGGAGUGAGAACACCUUAAUGGAGUACCUGGAAAAUCCCAAAAAGUACAUUCCGGGAACUAAGAUGAUCUUCGCUGGAAUCAAAAAGAAGGGAGAACGUCAAGAUCUCGUUGCAUACCUUAAAUCUGCCACAUCAUGAAGUAGUCCUGCAAAGAAUAAUUUAACAUGAACAUGUUUCCUAUUUUGUCUAAUAUUUACAUAUGUUCAUAGUAAACACGGUUUAUGUAUAUCCAGCUGUUCGUAAUUCAGCGGUACAUUGAAAUGGUUUUGUGAAUGUCUCUCACUAUGGAAGGACAAAAAUGCAUCAGACAUAAAAAACAAUUUAUAUUAUUUCAAAUGACUGAUUGUACGACGAGUGACUUACGCUGUCACGUUUCUAAAAACCUUUCUGCAAAGAAAACACCACUCCUUAUAUUUAAUGUAUAAAGUGUUAAAAUGUCAUUAAGUAUUUUUGUGUUUUUAGUUUUUGUUCCCCUGAACUAAUGAUCAACUGGUGCUUUUACUCAAAUGACUCUAACUUAUCCAAGUAAAUUGAGUUUCUAGCGUCCCCACCCAUGAAAAGAAUGGUGCUGUUUCCUUCCUGAGAUCAAUUAACUCUGCAUCAUGACAUUCAAUCCACCACAACUCGACUGAAGUCCUACUCACGAUGCUUAGCAAAGGUUGUUUUAUUUGUUGUUUUAAACAAUGUUUUUAUGUCGGUAUUCGAGUUGGCCUGUCACUUACCUGGUUUCACAGGCCUGUAGGAAUAUAUGGUUUUAACUUAUGCUGUCAUCUGACUGAAAUGUAUAGUGUGUUUUUGAUGGAUUGCUGCCACUGUAUACAAAUGACUACUCUGUUACAGACAUAAGCAUAAAUGUGAUUUAUGAUCGUGGACAGAAUGAACCUAUGGUGAAAACAAGCA